UCAGAGUCCGAAAGCUCCUUCACCAUUCCACGGCCUGCUCUUCGUGCCGUAACACCAAAAACCCGGGGAAAAACGCCAAGCGGAAAAACGCACGCGCAAAAUCGGGAAAACUCACGCCACACCGGGAAAUUUGCAUGUUUCCGCCAGCGCUUCCGGUCUGAUUCUCGCCCAAAACCGUUCCUCGAGAUGUACGGGAAGUUCUUCGCGGUGUUCCCCGCGGUUCUGUUCGCGGUCCUCGGCAGUGUCUCCUGCGGAAGUUGCCGCGACUCCAAGCUCUGCUGCCCCGGCAGGGACAGUUCUUGCGUGGUGCAGAAGGCGCCCUUGAAUUCCAUCCUGGAGGAUUUGAGUGAUAAGCCUUGUUACUGUGAUCACGCCUGUUUGAAGCUGGGGGAUUGCUGUCAUGACUUCAAGGAGGCUUGUGGAGUGGUUGACUGCCAGGUGACAGGCUGGGGCCCUUGGACUGCCUGCGAUGUUGACUGUGGAGCUGGUACGAUGUCCAGGAAGAGGUCCAUCAAGGUCCAACCAGAGAAUGGUGGGAAGCACUGUCCUAGCUUGGAACAGAGGAGGGGUUGCCAGGUAUCUACCUGCCACCACCACCCAGACCCCGCCAUAAAGGAGAUGGCCAUGCUUCUACCAGGUACUCUUUCCCAUAGCAGAGUGGCUAAUGCCACAUCAGACAUAAGGAAAAAUUUGAGACUCAGAGACCCAUCGAGAUACCCUCAGUAUGAUCCCAAAAAAACAUACUGCCUAAGUUUCGAGGUACUGAAGGCUUCCAAGGCAUGUAGGAAAGAAGCUAGCUUCCAAACGCUUGAAGAAGGGGAUCAAGUUUGCGUUCGUUGCGAAUCAGAGGCCUUGCACGAGAGCCUUGGAUGGAGAUGUCAAGGGCAUGGAGUUAAGGGUAGGAUCACACGUUGGUCGGCACUGUCAGCACCCCAUUGUCAUGGAAAAUGGUUGAGAUCGGUCAAGGAAGAGAGCGAAGAUUGUUCCUUGGAAAAAUGUUCAUCGGAAAAAUCGUUUAUUUUCGUUUGAGUCCUCACGCGACAUAUUUAAGGGAACCAACAAGAUUACUAGAGGGAAAAGUGGAAAUAUUAGCAUCAAACGAAAAAACAACUAAUGUUAAGGGAGAACCACACACUUCUUACAAAUGACAGGGUUAUUAUACUUCAUACUCUCCAUUCAAUUAAUCAUUUCAAUCGAGAAUUCAAGAACCUUAACGAAUAUAUCAUCGUAUUCAAACACUGAACCCUGAGGGAUUCCAAUCGUAUAAAUAUGAAUUGAAAAUUGUUCAAUAUAUACGUAAAAACUUUCAAAUCGAUCAUGUUCGAAGAUCUAGUAAUCUUGAAAGUUUAUUUUGUGUGUAAAUGAUGAUUUUUAUACCUUUUCCCCUGUUGUUAACCUUUGUGUUCAUAUAUUAACAAAUAAGAGUUUUUAUACCCUUCCAUAUUUACGUAUUCGAGUUAUUUUUCGAUAUAUUAGAUAAGCCCAUCAUUCGUACGCUUUGAACGUCGUUUUUUUUUCAUCGUUAUAUUUCAUCCAUCAUAUCUGCAUUCAUUAGAAAUAUUAUGGGGUCAUUUGAUGAAGGUACAUAGUUUGAAAAACAAUUACAAUUUUUGGAUGUACUUUUGUUCCAUUAUUUCGAGAAAUAUGUGUUUUUAUUAGAAUGUAAAACAAAUUUCGACUAACCAAUAAUGUAAAUAUAUAUAACGACCUUUUUGUAGUAUUAUGAUAACCUAUAUUUUGUGAAACAUAUCAGAAGGCAAUUUCAUUGUUAAGGAAAAAUAAAAUGAUGAUUUGAA